AUGGCAGUUGUUGACGCGAACUACAAAUUUGUAAUGAUAGAUGUUGGAGCGUAUGGCAAGGAUAGUGAUGGUAGUGUUUUGUCUAAUUCAACAUUUUAUCAGCGUAUUGAAAAUGGUUCUCUUAAACUACCAGAAGAAACCAGAUUGCCAAAUUUAAACGUUCGUUUUCAUUGA